ACAGCUAGCCGUCACGCAAUGCGGCGAAGGGGGAAGGCGUAGACAUUGUCGUAGGAAUACUACGGUCGUUGUGUAAUAUACGUCGUUACUGCGUACUCUGUAGUUCUCGUGCGAGGAGUGAAGCUGGAUUUACUGCAGGUGACGUCGGCAAGGUGUGCAAUUUCACGGCUGGAGUAGGAAGAGAGAGAUAAUAGGAGAGUAGGAAGUUGCUAGACGAGCGCUUAAUUCACGGGUACAGCCUACAGCCACAGGUUAGCCGCACCAACUCACCACAGCACAGGCAUUCGGAACAGAACAGCGUCACACACCAUCAUACUAAUACUGCAGCCGCCAUGGGAUCGAAGACUACCGGUGCGCUGUGCCUGCUCGCUCUAGCGGCUGUGCUUAUUUGGUAUCGGCAUCCUCAUCGUUACUUCAUCACGAAACCUGACAAUGCGGCACCGGCCUACCUGGCCGCCAUCGCCGAGCCCGAUAGCGAGUGGUCGGAUAAAUUGAUGAAGGAGGUGAACGGGGAAAACAUACGAGAGAAUCUCAGAUUUCUAACUGCGAAACCGCAUUUAGCAGGUACCGAUCAAAGCUACCAGUUGGCUAAACACCUCCAGCGAAAGUGGCUCGCACAAGGUUUAGACUGGGCGAAAUUGACACCCUACAAGGUUUUGCUCUCUUACCCCGACACGACGGACCCGGCUCGCGCAAACAAAGUGACCAUAGUUAACAGGAACACGAAGCAAGUAGAGUAUACGACCCAGAUCGAGGAGAAACCGCUCGUAUCGAGCCAAGACUUCGAGCACGUCGUACCACCUUUCAACGCAUACUCUGCGUCUGGUAAUCCUUCCGGCGAGCUCGUGUAUGCUAACUACGCCACAGUGGAAGAUUUCGAUUACCUCACGAAGACGCGUCGGCUGAACCUGGUCGGUGACAUCAUCAUCGCUCGCUACGGCAAGAUCUAUCGCGGAGACAAGGUGCUGAACGCUGAGAAGGUGGGCGCCGCUGGUAUCAUACUGUUCACGGAUCCCGCCGACGUGGCGCUGGACGGCUGGAACAGCGUCUAUCCGGACACGUGGUGGAUGCCACCGAACGGUGUUCAACGGGGAACCGUGCGGAAGUCGUCGGGCGAUCCACUCACACCCGGAUACCCGGCCACCGAUGAUUCGUACAGGAUUCCGCAGGAGGAGGCAAUCAUGCCGACUAUUCCUGUGCACCCGAUAGGGUACAGGGACGCGUAUGAGCUGCUUAGUCGCAUCUCUGAUGACAGGCGUACGGCAGCGCCACCUGCUGAAUGGAAGGGCGGAUUGAAUAUCUCGUAUAACAUACGUGAUACGACAGCCAACUGGAAAGUAGAGAUGUUAAUCACUACAUCGAACAUACAGAAGGUUAUUUACAACACGAUCGGCAUGAUCAGAGGAAGCGUGGAACCGGAUCGCUACGUGCUCGUCGGUAACCACCGGGAUGCAUGGGUGUUUGGAGCGAUUGACCCAUCCAGCGGCACAGCGGUGCUUCUAGAGCUGAGCAGAGUGCUGGGUGAGAUGGUGAAACAAGGCUGGAGACCACGGCGGUCCAUCGUCUUCUGUAGCUGGGAUGGAGAAGAGUACGGUCUCAUAGGAUCAACAGAGUGGGUCGAGGAACACCGUAAGACAUUGUACGAUCGGGCUGUAGCUUACAUCAAUGUUGACAUCGCCGUGAAAGGUAACUACUCUAUAGCUGUCAGUGCAUUCCCCUCGGUGAAGCAAAUAAUGUACGAAGCAAGUAAAAAGGUACCGCAGCCCAAGGAGACUGCCAUAUGCAAGGAAUGCAAGUCAGUCUACGACCAGUGGGUUAGAGCUUCACCGAUGGAGGAGAAUGUCAAUCCUGAUCAAACGCAGCCAAAAAUAGGAGUUCUGGGAUCCGGCAGUGAUUACGAUGCAUUUGCGUAUCACGUGGGAGUCCCGUCUGUUGAUCUAGUCUAUUCGUUUAAUAAGAAAACCAACAACAUAUCGGGAUACCCAUUGUACCACUCUGCGUACGAGUCUUUCCAUGUCAUGAAUACGAUAAUAGAUUCAAGCUUUAAGCACCACGAAGCUAUAUGCCGGCUUGUAGUGGAAGUCCUGCGGAAUCUGGCCGAGGCUGUGGUGUUGCCGCUGAGUGUUGUUGAUCACGCUAAUCACCUACGGGCAGCAUUGAAAGACUUCAAGGAGGAAAAAGGACCGAAACUUGUUGAGAAUGGCGUUUAUCUAGAUAAACUAGAAGCGGCUGUUGAGAAUUUUACUCGGUCAGCUAAUUCGUUCAAGGACCACGUCAAUCACAUUGAUAAAAAGGAUGCUAUGAUGGUGCGUAGAGUGAACGAUCAGCUCAUGAAAUUCGAGCGAGCUUUCACCGAUUCAGCUGGACUUCCUGGCCGAAGUCUAACCAAGUGGCGUUGCGAACACCGUAAGACAUUGUACGAUCGGGCUGUAGCUUACAUCAAUGUUGACAUCGCCGUGAAAGGUAACUACUCUAUAGCUGUCAGUGCAUUCCCCUCGGUGAAGCAAAUAAUGUACGAAGCAAGUAAAAAGGUACCGCAGCCCAGGGAGACUGCCAUAUGCAAGGAAUGCAAGUCAGUCUACGACCAGUGGGUUAGAGCUUCACCGAUGGAGGAGAAUGUCAAUCCUGAUCAAACGCAGCCAAAAAUAGGAGUUCUGGGAUCCGGCAGUGAUUACGAUGCAUUUGCGUAUCACGUGGGAGUCCCGUCUGUUGAUCUAGUCUAUUCGUUUAAUAAGAAAACCAACAACAUAUCGGGAUACCCAUUGUACCACUCUGCGUACGAGUCUUUCCAUGUCAUGAAUACGAUAAUAGAUUCAAGCUUUAAGCACCACGAAGCUAUAUGCCGGCUUGUAGUGGAAGUCCUGCGGAAUCUGGCCGAGGCUGUGGUGUUGCCGCUGAGUGUUGUUGAUCACGCUAAUCACCUACGGGCAGCAUUGAAAGACUUCAAGGAGGAAAAAGGACCGAAACUUGCUGAGAAUGGCGUUUAUCUAGAUAAACUGGAAGCGGCUGUUGAGAAUUUUACUCGGUCAGCUAAUUCGUUCAAGGACCACGUCAAUCACGUUGAUAAAAAGGAUGCUAUGAUGGUGCGUAGAGUGAACGAUCAGCUCAUGAAAUUCGAGCGAGCUUUCACCGAUUCAGCUGGACUUCCUGGCCGAAGUCUAACCAAACAUCUCGUGUUUGCCCCGAGCAAGGAAAAUCUCUACAGCGGUGCCAACUUUCCGGGGCUCGUCGAUCUCCUCUCUGGCCUAGACGAGCUGGACAUUGUUGAGAAGAGAGAACGAUUGGAAGCCAUACGAAGUCACCUGUCAGUACUGAUACACACCGUGCGAUCGGCCAGUGCCAUCAUCCGCGAGCACGGGGACAUACUCUAAUGUCUUGUCUUUGUGCGCAGCCGUCAUGGCCACGCGGGUAGAAGUCCAAAGAAUCACUGGAGCCGAAGAUCCCGUUAUUUUCCAAGUGCUCCCACACCAUCAGAGAUAUAUAUGCCCAGUGUUGAACAACUAAACAUAUGUGAAGAAAUUUUCAAACGACAAGAGUCUAUAAACUAAAAACCGCAGCACUAUAUAAAUAAUAAGCGAACUAUAAUUUUUAGAUUGUCUUUUUAUUUUCAGAGUGUUCCACGUAAUAGGGAACAAAUUACCACAUUACUUAGCCGUCUAUUGUAGCGUUCAGGGGUCUGUUGUCAGAAAUAUCGUAAAGUUAAGAGUAAUGUUAAGACUAAUGGUGUUUCUGACAACGGGCCCCAGGUUGGUAUAUUAACAAUGUGAGCUUUUUUAAAAGAUAUAGAUACACUAUAUACAUUUUUAGAUUAUAUACAGACGGCAUAAUCAAAAUACUACUGUGUAAUAUUUAGUACGUAAUAUAAUACUUAAGGAAUAAUCAUUACUACCGCUGAUUAUACACAAAUUAGAAUUGGUAUUUUUUAUAUUGAUGUUGACCUAUUGUUUUAUUAACGCGUGGAGGGACGUUUGAUAUGUAAAUCGCAAUCGAUGUAUUGUGUGUAUAAUCCACCGUGUAGAAUAAAAAAUUCUAGCGCAAAUAUAGCUACUAUGUAGAGCAGUAGAACCAAGAAUUACGAAUGCGAUUUGUGUAGCAUAUUAUUGCACCAGAAGAGAUUUCCCGGCUCAUUUUAGCGAUUUUAUACGUAAUCGUACAUGCUGGGCUUCUAUUGGUUUUAUCUGUUAUCACUUUACAUUCGGCAUAUGGCAAAUUUAAAAGUAUAACCCGAACAAUCGAUCACUCCUUAAAUCUAUUAAGGUUGCUUGAUAAUGUUAUAAGUGAAUUUGGCUUGUCAGUUGUUUGGAAUGCAACGUAGAUGUCUGUGACUUCAUCGUAGAGCUUCGGUAACCUAAUUUCCCGAUAGAUGGCGCGGUGCAGCCGUUGUCGUUUGCUAUACCAGAGCACGUCGACGUGCAAGAUAUACGUAUACGUAUAACGGUAUACGCAUAGAUCAGAUAUACGUGCUCUGGCUAUACGUUGUUUGAUGCGCACAACGCACUAUCCCGUUGGUUAUGGUUGUCCAUUGUACUCAGAAAUAAUUAUCUUUACCGCGGUAAAAUUAUACUUAUUUAUAGCGAAUCAGAAGCCUUGUUGCAUAUAAUUUAACCGCGGUUAAAUUAGGUUUACCGCGAUAAAAUCAUCACUUUUUACCCAACCAUGAGCCGUGUUACAUAUCAUCAAGGGUUAAUAAUGACAAUUUGUCAUUGUAAUUGUCAAAUUGUCAUGAUGCCAAUUUUUGUCAUUAUUAACCCCUGAUAUCAUGCACCCGUAAUAGUGCUCAGUAGAAUAUUUACCGUGAUAAAAAGUAAUCCUUCACUUAAAAAACCAUACUCAAUCAUAGGCUUCGUUACAUAUACAUUAACCGCAGAUUUAACCUUGGUUAAACUAUCACAUUUUAUCUAAUCAUAAGACGUGUUACAUAUCAUUUACCCGCAGAUUCUAGCACAUCUCGAUUAUUUUCAACUUCUCUGUGAUCCCCUGCAUAUCCUAUUUUAUGUUAGUAAGUUUUUAUCCAAUUAUAUAACACGCUGUAUAUAUAGACCCUAUACAGAGCUGUUGAUACCAUAUAGUGAUGUAAUACGGCCUUUUGUUGGGUAGAAAGUGAUAAUUUAACCGCUGUAUAAUUUUAUCCGCUGUUAAAUUAUGUGUAACAAGGCUUCUACUUGGGUAUGAAGGGCUAUAAUUUUACCGCAGUUUAAUAAUUUCUACCUCGAUGAAAAAUGAUUAUUUCUGAGUACGAUAGCCAACCAUAAUAGGUAUGUUAUCGCUCCGGCCGCCCUCGUUCGUAUCGCACAUAUUAUAUUUAUAUGUAGUGCUUGAAUUCGAGUGUCAUCGACAAUUCGUGUCAGAUCAUGCCUGCUUACAGCAUCUGCCGCCGUUCCCACAGAAACACGAGGUAUGCGGGCAAUAUAAGAACCUUAGGGUGGGGUGAUGCCGUCAAGGAAUGGGCCAGAGUGAAGCAUUGCUGCGAGGGGAAAUAAUCGCAAGGGAUCAGCAUUAGUAUGGAGAUAGGGAUGCUGCUGAUAAUGAUAUCAGGAGAAGGUAAAAUGUUUUUUAUUCACUCCUAAGAA